AUGACGACUGAGGGGUCGUAUCCACCACUGCCAGAUCCAUCGACCUUGCCUCAUGAUUCCUUUGUCCCCAACGUUAUAGUGUGCGCGGUUGUAACCUGGGUAAUUGCGGCUAUCUUUGUCGCCCUGCGCUUCUACACUAGGACCAGAAUUAUCAGCGUUAUAGGCUGGUCAGACUGGUUCAUUUUUGCAUCAUGGUUCUUCUCCUGUGGCGUAACUGCGAGUGCCAUAGAACAAACUCAGAGGGGAAUGGGGAGGCAUGUCUACGACUAUGACUGGUUGGGGAGCUUGAUACCGUUCCAGCGGGCAGCAUGGUAUGGCGUUUUGUUCUACACGCUUUCUCUAGGCUUUUCCAAGGUCUCGAUGGUGUUGCUGUAUCUCAGCCUUUUCUCCUACCAUUGGAUUCGAGUCGCAGGCAGGAUAGUUCUCGCUGGGGUAGUCAUAGCGACUUUAUGGAUGCUUUGCAUUGUUUUCACCGCAUGCGUACCUCUGGAGGCAUACUGGGUCUACAGCCUCCGCGAACAGGCCUACUGUCAGCCUCAGAGCAUGUGGGGCCUCCACAUGUCGACGGACUUCAUUAUAUUUGCGUUACCGCUGCCCGUUCUACCGACGCUUCGAAUGCCUAGGCGGCAGAAAUGGAUGCUGUUCUUGAUAUUCUCGCUGGGAUUCUUCGUUUGCAUCGUGUCCAUUGUUCGGCUGCUGCAGCUCCUUGAAACUGAGAAUCAUCCGUCAAUCGAUUUCUCCUAUGACAGCACCGACCUCGUUUACUGGACAUCAAUUGAAGUGCAUGGUGCAAUUGUGUGCGCAUGUGCAGUUACUCUCAAGCCUCUUCUGAAUCAGUGGAUGCCGCAGUGGUUCUCACUUCGACGCAACGAAUAUCUUGGCCAGCAGCCAGCGCCUCUGACCAUUGGACAGGAGAGAAGUAGGGGAAAACUUCAAAAGCCUGACUUGGAGACGACUGGCCACGACAGCUGGACUGCUGGCCGGUCGAGCAAGGACGUGGAGUCUGGAUCGGUGGGCGGCUCCCAUGCUGGGGCGCUGGAUAAUUUUCAACUGGAAGAUGAGAGUUCCACGCAGGGAGGGUCAGCGUAUUCCGCGCCUGCUAUUCAUCUUAGUGAGCUCCCCCCUGAAAGCAGAAGGCUUGCCAUCGCAAACCGUGAUGCUCCACAUUACACACCGCUGCCGCCGCCGAAGGCACGCACACGGUCACUUUCUGCAUCACGGGGGAUGGCAGUUGGGGCGUUUCUUGACGACUCCUCUAUCAGGAGGCAACAUUAUAUCUCGGACACUGGCCAUCAGCGGUCAUUGACAAGCCCGGACUUUUAUGAUUCGUCCUCUGAGAGGACAGAUUGGGACUUGGAACAGACGGUAUCCGCUGGUUCGACCUCCUGGCGGGGCUGA